AUGAGAAACUGCACCUCGUCGCGUCGGGCCUUGAGGUCACGGCUCCUCCCGGUACCACAAUGCCAACACCAAAAUCAACAUCAACACCAACAUACAGCACGAUCAAGCUUCUUCUCGGGACGACAGUACUCCAACAAACCGACGCCAUGGACUGAGGAACAAGCAACCCGCGUCUACAAUUUAGGCCUCGGUGCCACCAGCCAGAUGUUCGGCUUCUCAUUUGCCAAACUCGACCGGCGCCCCCCGAUCACGUUCCUGGUCGAGAGCAACCGGAAGGUGGAGGCCUUGCACGAUAGCGGCGGGGAGAUCCAGCUCAUCAGAAAUGGCGUGUCCGAAGUUGCCUGGGGCUUUGAUGUUGAGAACGUGCCAGAAAGCCAUUAUAUGUCGGGUGCGAAGAACUUCGCCUCCGCGAGACACGUGCAGCUCAAGACGCUAGUGCUGGAGACACACCAAAAGUUCUCGACCGAGACCACGCUCAACGAGGAGCACAUGAACUGGUCCUUUGAUGAAAUCCGCUUCCAGAACUUCAGGAGACCCGUGAAGUUUCUCGGUGAUCCGGCAGAUUUGACCUAUCCUCUCGACUCGGCACUGCGGAUUUCGGGGUCAACUGUCAAUAGCUUGGGCCGGCCGGAACUCAAGGUCGUGGAUAACGAGGAAGCCGCAAAAAGCAGCGAGCCCAUCAGAAAUUUGAUAGUUACGUUAGAGCCCCAAUACAUCUCGGCGGCUCUUAACCUCUUAAAACAUCGUUUGAGAUGGGAUUCCACAAUUCUGUUCAUCCAAAAAGGAAUGAUGAUCCAGGAAAUGGUCAACAGGGACGUCUUUCCGGACCCAGCAAGACGUCCAAGUUACAUGAUCGGAACAUUCUCUCAUAAUGUGUCGCCACUCAAAGACACUACACACAAUGUCAGCGACCCUCUGGAUUAUCUGAUUGAACAAUUCGUUUUCUGGGACAAGAAUGACCCUUUAAAUUCCAGACUGAGUUUGACUUCCCAUUCCGAAGCCCUGCUCACUAUCAGCCCCGUGAUCAGGUUUCCAGAGGAGAGCGAAAGGCGGUUUAAGGAACGCAUGAAAAACUCGGUCUACAUCACUGAUCUGCUGCUGAGUGCGAAGAAAUGGCUUAACACCCGCUUGAUAGAUUAUGAGUCCCACAGACGUCUUCGCUACAAGGUCGUUGCCUACGCUUCCAUUGUGCAUCCCAUGACAGUGAUGUUCAACUGUUACAGUAAGUGGAAUGCCGCCUUGCUCAAAAUUACCAUUCCUGAGUGCUGGCACCGGGAUCAUGCCAUUCUCCUCACCCCACGAACUGGAUCUAGAAAUCCUAUACUAACUGCGUGGAUAGACCGCGGGGUUCUAGGCUCUGACCCAGAUCGAAAGCACGUCUUUCAAACGUUGUUGAAUGAAGCAGCAGCGAUUAUCAAACACGACGAUCCACUGUUGGAUUACGACACUCUAUCGACUUACAUCGCUGAGCAGGUCACGAACCAGGGGGAUAAUAUUAGCCCUAUGCUUGUCAAAGUUGCACGGGGGAAACAAACUGCAAUCGAGUGGAACACCGGUGCCAUAAUGAAACGCGGUAUGGACCUGGUCUCGCGGGGAAUCCCAGGCAUCCCAUUCCCCCAAAUGCACCUCGAUGUCCUCAAUCUCGUGCAUUUGAAGGGUCGUCAGGUCGUAAGUGAUAUCCAAGACCGGCUAGACGAGAAGGCAAAGUGGCAACAGGAAAUCUAUCUUCAGCAGCACGAACAGCAGAUGAGACUCCGUGAUGAGGGGGCGCUUCUACCGUCCAAAGAGGACCUCAAGCUGGAGCGCAAGCUGCUCUUCCAGGAGAAGAGAGCUCUGCGACACGAUUUUGGACAGAGGGAGCGCCGGGCUGCGGAGAGGAGGAGACUGAACCCGCUCUCGGCGUCUGCGCCGGACUUUACGGCGCCAAAGAUUGGGUUAGCAAUGGGAAAUACGAGUUUGGGUUUAGACAAGGAUCGGUGGGAAACGCCUGAUAAAGAGCGGUGGGAGACGGGGCCAAUGAAGCUUUUGAGGGAGGCGAGAGAGAUGAGGAUGAAGACCAUGCCGGACACUCCUGAUGCUUCUACGAGUAGUGGAGUCUCGGAAGGAGCAGAGGUUGAGAAAGGGGAGACGGCACCGAUCAAGAUUUUGAGGAAGGCGAGGGAGAGGAGGAUGAAGGCGGUGCAGGAUGCUACUGCUGCUGUUGCUACGGCGAGUGGUGGAGUUCCGUCAGGGGGGGAGGAGGAGAAAGUAAGCAUCUAG